UGCGGAGCUGGGAGGCGUCAUCUGAGCGGCUCAGUGCGCACAUUCAGACUCCUGCAGCUUUAAGGCGCUGCGCGCUCAACCUGUGAUUCCUGGAAGCGUCUCUGUGAGGCUGACCUGCAUCCUGCAAACUGUCCCCGAGUCUCUGACCUGUUGAUCAGGAAUGGAUCUGGACCAUUGGAGAACAUUUGGCGCCUAUCUGUUACUGACCUGUGUGAUAAUCUGCAGUAAUGUGCAGAUUAUCAUCGGCGCGUCUCAGUACAACAACCGCUACGCAGGCGACCAAGUCUUCAGGAUUACCCCAAGUAACAACGCAGAGGUACAAGCCCUAAAGAAAAUCCUGGGACAGAUUAAGGUGGACUUCUGGCAGCCCAACAGUGCUUCUCUAAUCCAUCAAAAUGCCACGGUGGAUGUUCAUGUGAAACAAAAUGACACACUAGACCUGCGUUCUCAAUUAAAGCUGGAAAGGAUCAAAUAUCGAGUGGUUAUUUCCAAUCUGCAGAGAGAAAUUGAAAAGCAGAUGGCACAUCGGUUCACUCGCAAGCGAAGGUCAGAGUUUCAGUAUGACUACGAGGUUUACCACUCACUGGAAGAGAUUCAAGACUGGAUGUUUGAGAUGAACAGGAGUCACCCUGAGCUGGUUACUAUGUUUUCUGUUGGAAAGUCAUACGAAGGAAGACCACUUUAUGUGCUUCAGCUAGGAAAGAGAAGCCGUCCUCAAAAGAAAUCCGUGUGGAUUGACUGUGGCGUUCAUGCCAGGGAGUGGAUUGGACCUGCUUUUUGCCAGUGGUUUGUCAGAGAGGCACUCAGCUCAUACAAGCAUGACUCUGUAAUGACACGACUACUGAACCAUCUUGACUUCUUUGUCAUGCCCGUCUUCAAUGUGGAUGGAUAUCGCUUCAGCUGGAACACGGAUCGUUUUUGGAGGAAAACACGCUCCAAAAACCGUAAGUUCCACUGCAGAGGAGUGGACCCAAACAGGAACUGGAAGGUUAAAUGGUGCGAGGAGGGAGCUUCCUUUCAUCCCUGUGACGACACCUACUGUGGGCCCUUUCCUGAAUCGGAACCUGAAGUCAAAGCAGUCGCCAAGUUUCUGCGCAAACACAAGAAGCACAUGAAGGUGUACAUAUCCAUCCAUGCCUAUGCACAGAUGCUGCUUUACCCGUACUCCUACAAGUAUGCUAGGAUUCCCAACUUUAACUGUGUGGAGUCAGCAGCUCAGAAUGCAGUGACAGCAUUAUAUUCUGCUUAUGGGGUUAGGUACAGAUAUGGACCUGCCUCCACAACUUUGUAUGUUAGCUCUGGCAGCUCUAUUGACUGGGCCUACAAAAACGGGAUUCCCUAUGCCUUUGCAUUUGAACUAAGGGAUACAGGACAUUUCGGUUUCCUCCUGCCCGAAUCAUUGAUCAAGCCCACCUGCACUGAGACCUUAAGAGCCGUGAAAACCAUUGCGUCGGGUCUGCUGAAGAAGUGCAAGACAGAGAAGACCAGAUUUCCAGAUAUAUGAAGACUUUGUUGAAUUUUAGAUCCUUCCUACCAGUUUUUAGGUGAAGAACUCAAAAUGACAUUCAACCAAAUAAUAUCAAUGAUUAGAUUUUGAUUUUUCUUUGAAGGAGCAGCCUCCUUUUGCCAGCAUAAAAUUAUUUUCUGCAAACAGUAAGGAUGGAAGCACUUGAUGGGCUAUGUUAGCACUUUAAACAUAAAAUAAAGACAACAAUUUUAUAUUCAAGCAAUUAACCAGUCUGAUAAUUAUAUUUGACUAUGCAUGUAAUAUACCACUUUUUGAAACCAUAUGAGGACUUUGAUGUGACUGCCAUUUAUUUAAGCCAUUACUAGCAUAUUCCUAACCCUGACUUUAACUUCCAUGUAAUUCAUGCCUCUAAAUCUAACCAUUAACCAUAAAUGUACUAUAAGCUAAAGCUUAUAAAGCUUAGCUUUUGCAAAAGCAUUUUUGCAACUUUUCUAAAUUGUUUGUCAAUAACUGAUUAAUUAUGCCGUUAGCAAAGUGUUUCAUUAGACUGCAUGGCUGGCCCAGCUUAUAAACAAGAGACUAGAUAACGAUGCAGAGAGAUGGCGUGUGAUGCCAUAACAUACUCCAACUAAAAAGACAACUUUAGUGUUUCUUUGGUUCUAUUUUUCUGAAAUAAUUAGUUCAUGUUUAUCACUUCUUAAAAAAUGACGAUCCACCACAUUUAGGGUGGAAUUUAGCCUUCAUUAGACCUGUCAGUCUUCACAAGGUUAUUAGAUAAAAAAGGUACAACCAAAAACAUUGGAAUAUUGCAUAAAAGUGCCAUACUUCUUACCAUAAGGUGAAACUCAUAUGCACAAUCGUAACACAGAGUAAUAUGUUCUAAGCCUUUGUUUUUAUUUAGAUUUUUAUGAAAACAUAAUAUGCAUUUAAUGUUAAACCAGUGAAGGUUUUAGUUGAGUUUGAAAAGCAGCCACCUACCAGGAAAUGCUAUAUACUUCUUUCUGCUGAUUACCUUUAUGGAGAAGAUGCUGAUUUCCUUUUCCAGCAAGACUUGACACCUGCCAAAACUGCCAAAAGUACCAAGGUCUAGUUCAGUGACCAUUGGUGUUCCUGCUCUUGGCUGAUCAGCACACUUCCUCUGACACGAAGCCCAUAGUAAAUGUAUUGGCCUUUUAUUAAAAGCAAGAUAAGAGACACCAGACCCAAUAUUGCAAAUACAUUGACCUAAUACCACAGCCUGAUCACCUCUAAUCCACAGCUCAUUCAUGCAAGAGGAGGCCCAACCAAGGAUUGAAUGUGUCAAAAUUGACAUACUUUUCAUAAGCCUGAAAUUUGUGCAUAAAACAUUCAGAUUAACCCAUUGGUGCAAUGAAAGACAAUGAGA